UCAAUAUCUGUGUGGUGCCUGCCACCCCGCAGUUCACAGGUCUCCCAGGGGCUUGUUUCUUUCAGCCAUGACUUUUAAAGUUCUCCUGGUGACAGCCCUAGCCUUAUGUCACGGAUUCAAUCUGGACACUGAAAAUCCCAUGACCUUCCAGGAGAAUGCAAGAGGCUUUGGGCAGAGUGUGGUCCAGCUCGGUGACUCUCGAGUGGUUGUUGCAGCCCCCCAAGAGGUAAAGGAUGUUAACCAAACGGGUGCCCUCUACCAGUGUGACUACAGCACCAGGAGGUGCGAGCCCAUUUCCCUGAAAGUGCCCCCAGAGGCUGUGAACAUGUCCUUGGGUCUGUCCCUGGCUGCCACUCCAGACCCCUCCCAGCUGCUGGCCUGCGGCCCCACGGUGCACCAAAACUGCAAGGAGAACACGUAUGCGAGUGGACUGUGCUUCCUGUUUGGCUCCGACCUGCUGAGGCCACCCCAGCAGUUCCCACAGGCUCUCAGAGGGACUGUUCAGUUCUCUUUGAUGCAGUACUCCGAUAGCUUCCAGACUCACUUCAGCUUCAACGAUUUCAAGAGAAAACCUAACCCGAGGUCCCAUGUGAACCGCAUAUCUCAGCUGGGAGGAAGGACGAAAACCGCCACGGGAAUCCUCAGAGUAGUAAGAGAACUGUUUCAGAAAACUAGUGGGGCCCGGGAGAAUGCUGCGAAGAUCCUAGUUGUCAUCACAGAUGGAGAAAAAUUCGGUGAUUCCUUGGAUUAUGAGGAUGUCAUCCCUGAGGCAGACAAAGCAGGGAUCAUUCGCUAUGUCAUUGGGGUGGGAAAUGCCUUCAGCAGUAUGAAAUCCCGCCAAGAGCUUGAUACCAUUGCGUCUAAGCCAGCUAAUGAUCACGUGUUUCAAGUGAACAACUUUGAAGCUCUGAAGACCAUCCAGAACCAGCUUCAGGAAAAGAUCUUUGCCAUUGAGGGCACGCAGACAGGAAGCUCCAGCUCUUUUGAGCAUGAGAUGUCUCAAGAAGGCUUCAGUGCCGCCAUCACCUCUAGUGGUCCCUUGCUGGGCACCGUGGGGAGCUUUGACUGGGCAGGUGGAGCCUUUCUGUACACCCCGGAGAAUAAAGCCACCUUCAUCAACACAACCCGAGUGGAUUCAGACAUGAAUGACGCUUACUUGGGUUAUGCUUCUGCAGUCAUCUCGAGGAGCCGGGUCCAAAGCUUGGUUUUAGGGGCACCUCGAUAUCAGCACACUGGCCUGGUGGUGAUGUUCAGACAGAAUUUCGGUGCCUGGGAGCCCCACGCUGAUAUCAAGGGCAGCCAGAUUGGCUCUUACUUCGGGGCCACCCUCUGUUCCGUGGACAUGAAUGGUGAUGACAAUACCAACUUGAUCCUCAUUGGGGCCCCUCAUUUCUACGACCAGACCCGAGGAGGCCAGGUGUCAGUGUGUCCUUUGCCUAGGGGGCGGGCACAGUGGCGGUGUGAAGCUAUUCUCCGUGGUGAGCAGGGCCAUCCCUGGGGUCGCUUUGGGGCAGCUCUGACAGUGCUGGGAGAUGUGAAUGGGGACAAGCUGACAGAUGUGGCCAUCGGGGCCCCAGGAGAACAGGACAAUCAGGGUGCUGUCUACAUUUUUCAUGGAGAAUCAACAGUCAGCAUCGGUAUCCCUCACAGCCAGCGGAUCACCGGCGCCCGCUUCUCCCCCAGACUCCAGUACUUCGGUCAGUCUCUGAGUGGGGGCAAGGACCUCACAAUGGACGGCCUGACAGACCUGGCUGUUGGGGCGCAGGGGUCCCUCCUGCUGCUCAGAGCCCAGCCUGUGAUAAGACUUGAGGCAAUCCUGGAAUUCACUCCCAAGAUCCUGUCAAGGAGUGUGUUUGAAUGUCAAAACCAAGUGCCGGGAAACAGGGAUGCCGGGGAGGUCAGAGUCUGCCUCCGCGUGCGCAAGGUCACCAAGGAUCGGCUUCAAGAAGGAGAUAUCCAGAGCACUGUCACUUACGACCUGGCUUUAGACCCUGGCAGCACACUUGUCCGUGCCAUCUUUGAGGAGACCAAGAACAACACACGCAGGAGCACCCGGGUCUUUGGAUUGACACAGAAAUGUGAAACCCUGAAGCUGCAGUUACCGAACUGCGUGGAGGAGUCAGCGAAUCCCAUCUUCCUGCGCCUCAACUAUACGCUGAUGGGGGAGCCCUUGCGCACCUCUAGGGACCUCCGGCCAGUUCUGGCUGUAGAUGCUCAGAGGUUCUUCACAGCUAUGCUUCCCUUUGAGAAGAAUUGUGGUAAUGACGGCAUUUGCCAGGAUGAUCUCGGCAUCACCAUGAGUUUCAUGGGCCAGGACACCCUGGUGGUGGGAGACCCUCGGGACUUCAACGUGAGUGUGACUGUGAGAAAUGACGGUGAAGACUCCUACGGGACCCGGGCUACCAUCUACUACCCAUCUGGCUUGUCUUACCGGAAGGUGUCAGUGAACAAGAAUCCGCUUACCCAGAAGUCUUGGCGGGUGAACUCUGAGCCCAUCUCUUCCACUGAAGGAUACCGGGCUCUGAAGAGUACCACCUGGAGCAUAAACCACCCCAUCUUCCCUGCUAACUCCGAGGUCACCCUGACUAUCACAUUUGAUGUGGACUCUGAUGCUCCCCUGGGGAACAAACUGCUCCUCAAGGUCAAUGUGACCAGUGAGAACAACAUGUCCAGGACCCACAAAACGGAGUUUCAGCUGGAACUGCCUGUGAAGUAUGCCAUCUACGUGGUGGUCACCAGUGAUGAGAGUUCUACCAAAUAUCUCAACUUCACGGCUUCAGAGAUGACCAGUCAGGUCAUACAACAUCAGUACCAGUUCAACAACCUGGGCCAGAGGAGCCCCCCCAUCAGUGUGGUCUUCUGGAUCCCUGUCCAGCUCAACAAGGUGACCAUAUGGGAUCAGCCCCAGGUCAUCUUCUCCCAGAAUCUCUCAAGUGCCUGUCACACUGAGCAGAGACCCCCCUCUCGCUCCCAGUUCCGGGAUGAACUUGAGAAGACCCCGGUGCUGAACUGCUCUGUGGCAGUCUGUAAGAGAAUCCAGUGUGACCUCCCAUCCUUCAACACUCAGGAAAUGUUCAAUGUCACCCUCAAGGGCAAACUGUCAUUUGACUGGUAUAUCAAGACUUCUCAUGACCACCUCCUGCUUGUGAGCACCGCUGAGAUCCUGUUUAAUGAUUCUGUGUUUGCCCUUCUUCCAGGGCAGGAGAUGUUUGUCAAGUCCAAGAUGGAGACCAAAGUGGAGCCGUAUGAAGUUCACAACCCUGUACCACUGAUUGUGGGCAGCUCCAUUGGGGGGCUGGUGCUCCUGGCCAUUAUCACUGCUGUCCUGUACAAGCUGGGCUUCUUCAAGCGGCAAUACAAGGACAUGAUGAGUGAAGCUGCUCCCCAGGAAGCGCCCCCACCGCAGUAAUGGCCCUUUCUCCAUGGAGUGACCUCCCCAGCAGGCAGGUCUGGUCAGAUCAACACCCAGGUCCCGAGGCUGAUGGACAGAUAUGUCCUCGAGAAGACUGUUGCAGUGAUGUCUUAUACAGGAAUGGCUUGGUGUGUGUGUGUGUGUGUGUGUGUGUGUGUGUGUGUGUGUGUGUGUGUGUGAGCAAUGCCUUGAAAGCAUCCUCUUGGAGGGAAAGGAGUUUCUUGGGUUUCCUACUGUGUGAGGGCAGACACUAAUGGACCCUUCUCUGGGCAAGGUGACAGGACCCUUGUGGGUAAGCAUAGUGAAAAGUUGUGGCUGUCUUCUCUGAAGGAAGUAAUAUUUCCUUUCAUGGAUGAGCUGCAGACUUGUCUAGGUACCGAGAAUACAAGAGAAGCUGGACAUGGAAUAGAGAAUGGGUGACCCAACAAAAAUGUCCGACGAAGAAUGAGAAGUCUCCCAGGACUGGAGAGAUGGCUCAGUGGUUAAGAGCACUGGUUGCUCUUGCAGAAGACCUGGGUUCAAUUCCCAGCCCCCACACAACCACCUAUAACUCCAUUCCCAGGAAAUCUGAGAAAUCUGCCACUACUUAGUCAUUCAUUAUUAAUUUAAAUAUUUUAAUUGAUUAACCUGUCCACGGUACAAAAAAAUCAAAAGACACUCAAGAAUGUGUGGUGAAAGGCUGGGGUGCAUCUCAUGGCAGAGCACUUGUCUGGUAUUUGCAAGGCCUUGGGCUCAUCUUUUAACACUGAAAGCCAAGGCAAAGCAAAACAAACCAACCUCAAAAGUGUAUGGUGAAAAGACUCCCUCCUUAGGGGCAUUCAAAGCUUCAUGGUUGGCAUCUACUUCAGAAAGGUUGUAGGUAUGUGUGCACACACUCACACUCACACUCACACACACACACACACACUCACACUCACACACACAGUUUUAAACAGCUGGUGACAUAAGUUUUUACUAUUAUGCAUCUUGUCUUUUUAUUAAUAUGCUCAAACAAUUUUAUAAUAUAUAAAAUGCUGUAGCUGCGGAGUGCUCCCCUGGAUGACUGUAUUGUAAUGUAUUUAAUCCGUUUCCUCUGGAUAUAUCAUCUCCAACCUCUUGCUAUUACAAACAAUGCUGAAUUAAUAAAUUGUAUAUAUCUAAUUUUUACAAA